AUGGGAAUAUGGGAUUGUCUGAAAUGUUGGAAUACUUUCCCUAGAUCAUCUCCAGAAUCGUACGAAACUAGAGAUAAUAUUAUUGGAGAGAAUUGUGAAUUUGAUAUACUUGUUGAAAAAUUAAUCGUUAUUGGUGUGCCAUACCCUGUAUUAUGUCCUGGAACAGAUAUUGACGACCGUUGCUGUGCGAGAAAAUUUUGGCCUAAAAAAAGUAUUCCAAAACUUAUGUCACCUUGCACAGAACCGAUAUGCUCGUUUCAAGCAAUAACUCCAGAUACAGCACAAACUUGUAGAGCAAUCAUGAGUAAAGAAAAGAAGAAAAUAGAAAGCAGCGAAGACACUACUGAGACUACUGAGGAUGGUGAGGCAGACGAACAGCCAGAAGAGAAUAACGAAACCGAUAACACAUAUGUGAAAUCUGUUAUAUCACGAUCAUCGCAUCGUAGUGAAUUAAAUGACGAACGAUCUCUUGUAAACGAUGCAAUUAAAAUAAACCAAACAGCAUCUGGAGCGGGCAUUGUAGUACCGAACCCUCAAAAUUAUGAGGAACAGUAUUAUAGAGAUUUUAUAUUAAAAUAUGGAACAAUAUUUACAGAAAAUGCCAAAGAUCCAAUACCAAAAGAUCCAAAUCCAGUAAAUCCAUCAAAUAUUGUAAAAAUUAAACCAUUAGUUAUACCUUUAAUUCAGCCGUCAACUUCUAAAAAAAAGGAAUUAAAAACAAAAGUUAGUAAACAAGAUAAAGUUACUCCUGUUUGGAGGACUAAACAUAAAAAUGCAACACAGCAGAAUGAAAUAAAAAAUACUAAACAGGAUGUUAGUGAAAUUGAAUUAAGUUCAAUUGAUGCUGAAGCUGAAAAUGACGAAUCUUAUACUUCAGAAGUAGAUCAAUGUAUUCAAACGAUAAAAGUAAAGCCUGGAUUUCCCACGUUGAAAUUAAAUCCUGAACAAACUCAAAAUUUUGCUAUUGCACACAGUUCAUUCAAAGUCACAUCAUCUGAAGCACAACAAAUGAAAAACGAUAAUCAAACAGAAAAAGUUGCCGUAGAUAGUUCAAAAGACAUGGGAGUUGAAGGCACCUCAUCUGAUAAUCAUCGUGGAAAAAAAGCAUUACGAUGGAAAAUUAUUAUCCGACAUCAAACUCCAUCUACUGAACAAGCUGAAGUCAUGACGGAUAAUAAAAAGUCUGAUCAGAAUACCAAAGACACAACAAAAGACAGUUCUUCGAGUGAUUCAGGUUAUUUACAUUAUGAUUAUGUAGACGAAUGA